CGCGGCAAGGGAGCGUUAAAAAUCGAACCAGGCCACUUCUAGGACAGCGGAUCCCAGCGUAGCGGCGGACGAAAUGUUUGGCAUCAAUUUGUUCCAAAGCGUGUUGACAGUUUUCCUAUUUGCACAAGCGUACCAUUCCGUGCACAUAACGAACCUGAACGUCCCGAAGACGUACGUCCUCGAUCGGAGCACUUACGAUGCGGUCGGAGCAACUGCACCCCCAUCCCAGCAUACGCCAGCGUGGUACGACGGGGCGCCAAAUGAAGUCACCAGCACCACCACCACCACCACGGACGAUGGUAUGCCGAUGACAACGAGCUCUACCCUCACUACAGUGGCGGACGAACUGAACGGGACGCAGCAGCACCAGAGUUUCGGCGAACCGAAACCGCUCAUCAUGGACUGCCAGUACGAGAUUAAGGCGCGCGAGUGCGGCUUCGUGCUCAAGUGGUACUUCAACAGGAAGCUCAUCUACCAGUGGAUACCGUCCCGCGCCCCGGUCGGUAUGAAUCAGUUCAAGAACGAGCUGCAGAUCAACUACUCGAUGUCCGACUCCGUCAACUACAAGUACCGUGCCUUGGUGAUACGCAACCCGAAGCUCAACCACAGCGGCGAGUACAUGUGCUCGGUGCAGACGUACGACUCGUUCGAUCGGCGUAUGGCCCGGUUUCAGAUCGUCGUUCCCGAAAGAAUGCUUCUGUUGCACUACGAAAACGAUGGUGACAGCGAAAACAUGCUGCUGAUAAAGUGCAGCGUCUUUAUGAUAUACCCCGAGCCAAAUCUGUUGCUAAUCGUUAGUGGAAAUCUGUUUCUCGUCAGCUCGCGCACACUGGUCACCGCUGAUCAGAACCACAUGUACAAUAAAACCGUCUACGGUAAAAUCGAUAAGCAUUUGCUCAUCUCGCCAACGUCCAUCAGCUGCGUACUGACCGUGCCCGAUUCCGGUUACAUCCGCAAACGUGAAACCAUCUAUUACGACCCAACGCCAUUGACAAAGUGGAGCCGGCUGCGGAUGGACGAACGGGGUCGAUUUCAGCUGCUCUCAACCGAUAGUGCAGGACAAUUAAAUCCGCUUACCGGUUCGAUGAUUAGUUUAAUUGUAUUCCUACAGCGCGCACUAUGCCGACUCGGCACAGAAUCAAUUAAAUAAACGGGCCCAAUGAAGUAUAAA